CAUUAGAUUAGAUUGAGGCGUUAUAUUUAGAUGUUUUGGCUAUACGCCUUCAGUCGUUGUCGGUUAGCUUGGUAGACCACUAAAAAUGGUGCAGGUGCGAAUAAGUGAUGGCAUAUUAGAAGGAGAGGUGACCGAUAAUAAAUAUGGGGGAAAGAUCUAUAGCUUUAGAGGCAUUCCUUAUGCCCAACCACCACUAGGAGACCUGAGGUUCAAGGCACCUCAGCCAGUAAAACCUUGGAAUGGAGUGCGAGAUGCAAAGAAGUUAGGAAAUGAAUGUUAUCAAUAUAAUGUUGUUUUUUCAAAAGUAGCGAAACAAGGAAGCGAGGAUUGCCUGUACGUUAAUGUUUUCUCACCAAACCUAAAACCCACAAAACCGCUGCCGGUCAUGGUUUUUAUUCAUGGCGGAGGUUUCACUGGUGGAAGUGGUUCCGAUGAAUUUUACGGACCAAAUUAUUUAAUAAGACACGACGUUAUUAUUGUCACGUUGAACUAUAGACUCGAGAUACUUGGCUUCCUUUGCUUAGAUACCGAAGAUGUACCCGGCAAUGCGGGCAUGAAGGAUCAGGUUGCUGCACUUAGAUGGGUCCAAAAGAAUAUCAGUAACUUUGGGGGUGAUCCUAAUAACGUUACGAUUUUCGGAGAAAGUGCCGGAGGGGGCAGCGUUUCUCUUCACCUUUUAUCGCCCAUGAGUAAAGGCUUAUUUAAAAGAGCCAUACCACAAAGCGGGAUCGCUACUGCUCAUUGGGCUACAGGCUUUAUGGUCAAAGAAAGGUCAUUGCAAUUAGCUAGAGAAUUAGGAUGUAAUUCAAAGGACGAAAAAGAAAUAUAUGAAUUUUUCAAAGCACUACCUGUUGAAGCACUCGUAAACAAACACAUUACAGUGACGUAUGCGGAAACAAAUAAAGAAGUUUUUAUUGUACCCUUCAGUAUUGUUGUAGAAAAGCAAUUCGGAAACAAUGAACGGUUCAUGGUCGGUGAGCCUAUCGAGAUAUUACGUAAUUACGGCAUACAUGAGGGUGUUGAUGUUAUGGAAGGCUACACUGAAGAUGACGGAGUUGCAUUUCUGGGAGGCGGUAAAGAUAUAUCUAAAAUGAUAUCCCAGGCCAAUAAGUAUGCCGAAUUUUUGGUGCCGCAAACUAUGUCUAUAUAUUGUCCUCUAAUCGAUCAAAUGGAAAUUGGUAAAAUGAUUAAACGAUUCUAUUUUAAAGACGAGGAUGUAUCUAUGGAUAAUUUGUAUAAUUUGCAAAAGUAUCUCGGUGUGGAAGUCUUUAAAUAUCCAACGAUUUUAUUCCAAAAAAUUUGUGCAAAAAGAGGGAAAAACAAGGUUUUUCUAUAUACAUUUACCUGUAAGUCUGAGUUAAAUGUUAUCAGUCACAUGAUGGGAGUCAAUGAUUUGUUUGCAUCGCAUGAUAAGACUUUAGUCUGUCACGCAGAUGAACUUCCUUAUAUGUUUCAUAUGAAACUGUUAGCAGAUUUUCUCCCCGAAAUCGAAAACAACUCCAGAUUGAUGGAAUUGAUUGAUCAAGUUACAAAACUUUGGACAAAUUUUGCAAAAUACGGUAACCCAACUCCGGAUGAGAGUCUUGGUGUUAUAUGGAAGCCGUACACUUUGGAAGGACAAGAUUUUUUGGACAUUGGUGAAAAUUUGGUGGCUGGUACCAGACCGGAUAAAGAUGAAUUGGAAUUCUGGGAACAGAUUUACACAAAGUAUUGUCCAAAGUAUGCACCAUGAAAUAACAUAUAGAGUUGCUUUAAUAAAAUUUGUUAUAUCAAUUAACAGUGCAUUUUUUAAAGUAUAGCUUUUGCCCACGACUUUAUCUACG